ACGCGGUCGGGCCGCGAUCGCGCUUCCCUGGCGGUACCGGCGCCGGUGGGAGCCGUCCCGGCCAUGCUGGCCGCCUCAUGGCCCCGGCGGAUCAGGACGCGCUGGCCGUGCGGGAGCAAGUCUUCCACGAGAGGGUCCGCGAGUGCAUCAUCUGUGCCCUGCUCUUUGCCAGCCUCUACAUCCUCUGCCACUUCAUCAUAACCCACUUCAAGAAGCACACGGACUUCACAGCAGUGCACGAUGAUGAGGAUGCUGCUGUCAACAGGAUUGCGCUGGGGCUGUGCACCUUCACCCUGGCUGUGGCGCUGGGCGCUGUCCUCUUGCUGCCCUUCUCCAUCAUCAGCAACGAGGUGCUGCUCUCCUUCCCCCAGAACUACUACAUCCAGUGGCUGAACGGGUCCCUCAUCCACGGCCUCUGGAACUUGGUCUUCCUCUUCUCCAAUCUGUCCCUCGUCUUCCUCAUGCCCUUCGCCUACUUCUUCACGGAGUCAGAGGGCUUUGCGGGAUCCAAGAAGGGCAUCAUGGCCAGGGUAUACGAGACAUCGGUGGUUCUCCUGCUGCUGACGCUGCUGGUGCUGGGCAUGGUCUGGGUGGCCUCCGCCAUCGUUGGCAACGACGCGGCCAGUCGCCAGUCACUCCAUGACCUCUGGGAAUACUACCUGCCCUACCUCUACUCCUGCAUCUCACUCUUUGGCGUGCUGCUUCUGCUGCUGUGCACCCCCUUCGGCCUCUCCACCAUGUUCACUGUCACGGGGAAGCUGCUGGUGAAACCCCGGCUUCUGGAAGACCUGGAUGAGCAGUUGAGCUGCACGCGGCUGGAGGAAGCAGCUGUGUCCCGCAGGAUCUCCUCCGGCAAAGCUUCCUGCUGGCUGAACUUGAACGUGGAGCUGCUGCGGGAGCAGUUCUUCACCAUCCGGAGCAAGAGGCGGAAGCUGGAGCUGCGGCACCGAGCAUCGCCCUGGCAGAGGAACCUGGGCUACCCACUGGCCAUGCUGGGCCUCCUGGCACUGACAGGCAUCUCCGUGCUCAUUGUCUGCUUCCAUGUUCUGGAGCUGCUGCUGGAUGAUGCUGCAAUGCCACGUGGCAUCCAGGAUGCGUCCCUGGGCCAGGUCUCCUUCUCCAUCUUUGGUUCCUUCGGAGCUGCCCUGCAGGUCGUCCUCAUCUUCUACCUGAUGGUCUCCUCCGUUGUGGGCUUCUACAGCUCCCCCCUCUUCACCCGGCUGCUCCCUGAGCGGCAGGACACCCCCCUCACCAAGAUAAUCGGGAACUGUGUCUCCUUGCUGGUGCUCAGCUCGGCCCUGCCCGUCUUCUCCAGGACACUGGGGAUCACACGUUUUGACCUCCUGGGGGACUUUGGCCGCUUCAACUGGCUGGGGAACUUCUACAUCGUCUUCCUCUACAACAUGGGCUUCGCGGGGCUCACCACCCUGUGCCUGGUGAAGAGGGUCUCCUGGGCUGUUCAGGCUGAGCUCAUCCGUGCCUUUGGUCUGCACAAGCUGCCGCUGCCCGUGACCCACUCCCGGCCCCCCAGCAAACCCAGCUAGGGCUGGGGGACAGGGAUGUGUCCCCUCCGUCCCCGCUGUGGCCCGCAGGAUGGCCACCAGCCGCAGAGCACGCUGCAAUGGCACCUGGUGCUUCAGGGAUGCCAGAGCCCUCCAGGGAGAGCGGAGAGCCUGUGGGGGAGGCCUGCCCCCCCGUCCCCAGCUCUGUCUCAGCCUGCUCCUUACUGAGCCUUGGCCUUGAACUGUGUCCCCGUCACAGUCCCCCCCGGGGUGCGGGGUCACCCGUCGGGCUGCGCUGGCUGCAGCGUCCCCCACCUCAUUACAUACCUCAUGCUAGAGUGGCCAUGCCCCCCCCGACCCCCUCCGGUGCUGCUCCCUGGGUGCAGUUGGGUUUUAAAUGUCCCUCCACCCUGGGGACUGUUAUGACACUACAGGGGGGAACCUGUGCCCCCUGCCCAGUCACUCCAGACCCUGUGUCACCCUGGGGCUGCGAGGGGGGGGCACUGGUUGUCCCCUGCUCUAAGGCCUUUGGGGUCCCCAAGGGAGGAACAGGGCUUGGAGGGUCCCAGAGCGCUGGGGGCAAGCCCCCCCAGCUGCCUGGAAGCUUGGUGUGAUUGAACGUCAGGUCUCUGUUACCACAGAACUUCUUUGGAGCAAUAAACAGUCUAUUUUUUUAUA